ACUUUUAGGGAUGACUUUCAUCAUUGAAUCCGAUUAUAAACCCAAUGAAUUGAAUGAGAGAAUCGAGGCUUUCAUACAAUGGUCUCAGAAAUACAUUCAUGAUAUGAAUGACACGGACUUUGAGACACAGAGACAGUCAUUGAUUGCACGAAGACUUGAGAAACCGAAACAACUCUUAGAAUAUUCGCAUAGACUUUGGUCUGAGAUCUCGAGCAAAGAGUAUGACUUCAAUAGGGAUGAGAUUGAAGUGAAAGCCAUCAAAGAGUUGACAAAACAGGAUAUCAUUGCCUUCUUUGAGAGACAUCUCUCCCACUCUUCAGCCACUCGUAAGAAACUGACGGUCAGUAUAAUCAGUGAAAACCCAAUCAAUGAAAAGCAUUUGAAUGAAGUGAAUGCGGAACUAAUGCCGGCCCCAAAACUACCGGAAUCAAUAAGAAUUGAAAACAUAACACAAUUUAAGACACAUUUGGGUUUCUAUUCUGUACGCAAACCAGUAGUCGAUGUCUACGCUAAUGAUACCACAAUUAUCGAUGACUUGUUGGCCAUCAUAUUCUCCAAACUGAACUUUGGGUCAGUACUCAGCGCUCAGACGGUAUGCAAACGAUGGCUCGAUGUGUCCAAAGAGGGCUUCCGUAAAGUAACCUCUAUUUGGAUCAAAGAUAGUGACAAUUAUCAGACAGUCUGUGAGCCCUACGGGUUCAAUGAUCUGAGCAACACAUGUGUGAUCCGUUUGAGUCAAUACAUUUCCAAUAGACAGACAUUCCGGUCGAUACUGACCAAAAUCGUGGCGAUGUUUCCCAAUUUAAAGCGCCUAUACGUUCGUCUCUUUGAACUUUACAUCUCAAAAGAUAUCUUCCUAUCGAUCGCCCAGAGCUGUGUCCGCGACCUCCAGAGUCUGUCCAUCAUAUGUGGCGCUAAUAAUGUAUACAUUAGCGAAGCCGAGGCACUACUACUGGCCAUUCGUUACCCAAACAUCCGAGUCCUGCAGUUGCAGUCAAAUAACUUAUUCAUAGAGCAGUCGGCCAUCGAUAAACUCCUCCAGAAUCUGCCAAAACUGGAAGUGUUUGCACUGAACGACACAUUUUGCCACAAUAUGGCAAACAGUCCCGUAUACGACGGCACAGUGUAUCGACAUCUGAGCACCGGUAUUAAAGUCCUAAUAACCACUGGCAAUAUAUUAACACCCGAUGUCUUACAAGACAUGGUUCGCAGACCGUAUCAUCGAUUACGGGAACUAAUGGUACAUCAGUUCGACAUCAAGUGUAUGGCACUAAUCGCCCGACACUUCCAGUCCAUUGAGUGGCUUAUCAUUCAUUUGGAUCCCGACUGGUGCUCGGACUUCACGGCCCAGGAGUUCAACCAAUUCAUACGGGAGGUGUCGGCCAUGAGAAACAUGACUCACUUUACUCUGAAUUUUAUCGGGAUUUUCGAUUGGGAUUUGGAUUACAACGGGGAUGCCGUUUGGGAUCCAUUGCCGCCCGACUUCACAGCCAAUGAGAUACAACUCCUGGGGUUGUGUCCGAAGUUAAAGAAACUGGAAGUAACGGCCCGUAUGAGCGCCGACUCCAUGUUCGCCAUCAAGUUAGGUUUUAGCAAAGGGUGGUGGUGGGGAGUAAAGUGGUGUAGCGUGUCCACGAUAUGUGCCAUCAGUUUGGCUCAGGAUUUUGAUGUCGAUACCCAUGACCACGGGUCAGGAGUUGAUGAUCAUCAAGUUGAUAACAUAAUCGGGGACAUAACAAGCUAUGUUGGGGACCUAUCUCACGGAUUGGGAGAUAUUGGACACGGAGGUGGAGGUCAUGGCGACGAAGACGAUGAGGAUAUUGAUGACAAUCAUGAAAAUUAU